CUUCCAGUGAUCACAGCCCAGCUCGAGAACGACCAGCGUCAGGUGGAACUCCAGCCGCAUCAGGCAAGAGGCUUCAAGAUGUUUUACAAGGGCAGAUUGAUGGUAACUGCGGUGCUGGUCACCUUGCUGCUCGCUGCCAUGACAGACCCCGCUGCGGCGGGGAAAGGGAAGAAGAAUGGGAGGAAGGGGAGCCACCUGCGCUUGAGGAGAACCACAAAGUACACGCUGGAACUGGGGAACCUGAAGCUGCAUGCCGACUUCCCGAAGCACAGCCAAUAUUUCCACGAUGCCUCCUUCAGGAACCGCUCCCUGUCCCCUUGGCAUUAUAAAAAGGACUCCGAUGAUAACCGCUACCCUUCCAUCAUCUUCAGGGCAGAGUGCAGAAACAGCUACUGCCUGAACAGUCGGGGCCUUCCCGACCAAAGCUUGAACACUCGCCUGGUCAAGCAGGAGAUGCUUGUCCUCAAGAAGAAGUCGUCGCCUGGCAACAAGAUUACUUUCCAUGUGGAGAAAAUCUUGGUGCCCGUUGCCUGUGUCUGCGUCCGCCCAGAUGUGCAUACUGCCUGACAGAGACAGCCGUAGGCAGCCAAAGCAGAAAGUAAUAUUAAGCCAAUUAGUAGCACGUUCCUUUAGCAUUCCGAACUAGAGUCACAGUGAGGGAGACAGUAUUUUCAUCAUAAGCCAGACUAACGUAUUGCUUUAAAGCACCCACUCCAGCCGGUCACCAACAUAACGAGAGGCCCCACCAGCACAGUAUUGCCCGUGCUUUGCUUGAGAAUAAACGCCUUCAGUAGAUCCCGCAGCCUGAGCGGUUAGAAUUGCAGGCUUCACAAGGAGACCAUAGGACCAUAAGGCCAUUACAUUUGACACCCUUACUAAUCAAGAACGUCUUACCAGACCAUGAAACAGAGGAGCAGAAUUAGGCUAUUCGGCCCAUCGAGUCUGCUCCAUCAUUCCACCACGGCUGAUUUAUUAUCCUUCUCACCCCCAUUCUCCUGCCUUCUCCCCGUAACCUUUGACACCCUGACUAAUCAAGAACCUCUCAAUUUCACCUUUAAGUAUAUUCAGUGACUUGGCCUCCACAGCCACCUGUGGCAAUGAAUUCCACAGAUUCACUCCUCAUCUCUGUUCUAAAGUGUUGUCCUUUUGUUUUGAGGCUGUGCCCUGGGGUCCUAGACUGCCCUACUUUUGGAAACAUUGUCUCCACAUCCACUCUAUCUAGGCUUUUUGAUUUUCAAUAAGUUUCAAUUAGAAACACCCUCAUUUUUUUUAACCUCCAGCGAGUACAGGUCCAGAGCCACCAAACGCUCCUCAUUCAUUAACCCUUUCAUUCCCAAGAUCAUUCUUGCGACCCUCCACUGGACCCUCUCCAAUGCCAGUGCACCCUUUCUUAGAUAAGGGGGCCAGAACUGCUCACAAUACUCCAAGUGUGGUCUGACCAGUGCCUUAUAAAGCCUCAGCAUUACAUCAUUGCUUUUACCUUCUAGUCCUCUGGAAAUGAAUACUGACAUUUUGCCUUUUGCCUUCGCCGUGCAGUCAGUGAACUCGGUGAAAGAUCACAGGACAUAGGAGUAGAAUUAGGCCAUUGGGCACAUCGAGUCUGCUCUGCUAUUCCAUCACGGCUGAGUUAUUAUCCAUCCCGGCCCCAUUCCCCCUGUAACAUUUGACAGCCUGACUAAUCAAGACCCUACCAACCUCUGCUUUAAAUGACUUGGCCUGCACAGCUGUCUGUGGAAAUGAAUUCCCUCAGCUUGCCCACCCUCUGCCUAAAACUCAGGCCCUCCAGUCCUGGAGGCAUCUGGUCAGUGAAUUCACACAGAAUAUCGAUCUUUUGUUCUCCUUGUCUUUCUCUCCAUCAGCCAGACUAGGUAAUGCAGCUGCUGACAGACAACAGCACCCCCCUGGGAGUGGCGUCUGAAGUCACAACCCAUCAGCUGGUCGCUGGCUAAUGCCCUCAGCUGAACCUUUGUUUAGCAGGGCUUUGCCAUUUUUACCAGCUCUUUAAACCGAAUGGUGACGUGCCCAGAUCGUGGGACAGUAUAACGGGAAGGCCUGUGUUGACUGUAAGCAUCGCCCCAGCGGUAUGGCCAUGUCAUAUCUGUGGUCAGCACAUCAGCCCCCAGUCUGAACUGGCACAAUCCUGGCUCACAUCUGCUGGCUGGUACGGCCUCUGCUCACUGUCGUGUCAGAGUAGGAAGCCAGGCAGGAAGGAGAAAUCCUGGAGAAGUCCACCUGAGAUCUGGGAAGUGAAGCAAAGGGAAGUGUCAGAAUGUAUUAAUUAUUAAUUUAUUAAGUUAUUUUAAAAAAUAUUUAUAUGAAAUAUUUC